CUUCAACAAUACCUUCUGGCAGAUUGAGGUUCCGACAGCGGCCCAAACAUAUCCUUCACUAUGGCACGCCGUCAUAGCUCUGAGUGCCAUCAUCACUGUGCCAAGAUGGAGAAGACAAGAAUCCGGCAGUCUCCUGUAGACGGGCCCCAGGCGCAGUUUACACGCAACCAUCACUACAGACAAGCCCUAGUGCAUUUCAACAAGUCGAUCCAACACUUGAUAACAGCCCUCCCAUCGCGCAAGAGCGAAAUGACGUAUAUGCAAAAAGAAAUGGUGAUUAUGACGAAUAUAAUCUACAUUGGCAUCUGUGGCAUGCUCGAAGACGAUGCGCAGAUUCACUCCCACCGCAUCAAUUUCGUCAAUCUCCUAGAGCAGCUGCAUUUUGGCGACGAAGACCCUUCCUCACGGCGCGGAAUCAUGAGAUUCGACGACCUGCUUUCCAUUGUUCUCGCCAUUGAUGGAAACAUAGACGCCAAAGGUGCCCUGCGCAUCCGAUGGGAUCGGAACUGGGUAGUCCAGGUGCCCGAGUGCCCCAAGUUUACAUCUAUAACCCAGACCUACACGCAGCUUUUGCCCUUUCUCUAUCGAUCAUUGGAUGCAAAAAAGGCCACAUUUGGGUCAGGCUUAGACGGGCCAGACCGAUACAAAGCACGGCGGCUGCUUCUUGAAGCGUAUAAAGUCAAGCUCGAUGCGUUUGAAGCAACACGGACCCCCUCGAUAAACACAACACACGACGACAACGCACUAAAAGUCAUAAAUCUAUUCUUCCGCGCAUUUUCCCUCAAAGAAUCUGUCGCUUCACAGCCAACACGAAGCGACGUCAUUCGGGAAGAAGAGCGGAUAUUCCCCCUUCUUGAUGAGCUAGACGAUAUUCUGUCGCAAGGGUCGUCGUCACGCAUAGAAGCAUAUUCAGAGGAAUCGCCGCCCAUGACGUUUUCACUAACGCCAUGCGCUUUGCUCGAUAUUAUUUUGAUAUUCUGCAGUAGCGCUGCAGCUCGGCGCAAAGGCAUUCAUCUCUUGAAAAAGUGGCCGCACAACAACAACGGGGAGUCGAGCCACGAUCUGGUAACACUGUACUCGGCACAUCUGGCUCAUGAGCUGGAUGCGCCAAGACGGACAUUGGAGGCACAGAGAACCGGCGAAGCCAUGAAACCGUCCUUCGCCAACGGAGGUCUCCCAGAGGGCGUGUUUGAUGGUCAUAACAGCUGCGAGUGUAUUACCGAGUUGUAUGUGUGUAGGGGCCAUCGUAUGGCAGACGUUAUUAUGCAAAAUAAGGGGUCACAGCGGUAUGUUGGCUUUCGCACGCACUAUGAGAUUCGGCAUAAGCUUCCGUAUACGUUUUACCCGCUGGAUUAGAUGUGCGCUGUGGUACUUUAGCAGAAACUGUUUGAUCUUUUUUCGGACGCCGUAAAUACAGUCAAAAUACACACUUACAAACGUAUUUAUUUAUUAAGAUAUGUU